GGCUCGUCUGGGCUGAAGGCAACAUGGUUGUGUAAAUUAUCAGUACGUAAGCGAUUCAAAGCCCCGGGAGACGUUCUAAAGAUAGAAAAGAUAAAUCGUAGUCAUAUAGGAAAGAUAGGACGUGGGAUCACAUUAGAAAAUCGUAGCACAGAUCCUCGCAGGGAGAACUACGUAUGAAAGAACGACGAAGAAAGACUUUAUCGACAGGAAUUGCCUGUACUCGCGAGUAACGCAUACAGAGGCACGCGCGAAACGAGAAGAACCUCUUCUGACGAAAGGUCGCGUCGUUGAAAAUACUCGCACACAAUAACCACAUACUCUUUCGCCUCUCUCUUCCUUCGACCGAGAUGAGGAAGAAGGAACAGGGUGCAGAAGCAGCACUCCGCUGAUCAACGAGCCAGCAUCUGCUAAAACCGAGGGGAAAUUGUGGCUCGUGGCUUGUAAAUCGCGCGAAUCGAUUCGGUUGACAAUUUGAACACGCGUCGGCGAUCAGGGAAAUCGUGUUUCAUCUAUCCAUCAGAAAUGUCUACCAUCUCGUUUCUCCACUAUCAAUAAGUCAUUACCGAAGUCAUUAAGCGAUUUAUUAUCAGUGAAAUAUUUCAACGCAGUUGUUUUCAAUGAAGACAAAAGAGGAACUUUAUCAACAUAUAUGGUUUGUUAUUAUUUCGAUUUAUCGUAAGAUUUGGAGAAGAUAAAUCCUAUUGAAGAAGAGAAAAAACAGAUUUUCCGCAAAUUUCGAUGCGUAUUUUGACUGAACUUUAAACUGAAAAUUAUCGAGAACGAGUAUUCGACAAAGAGCAAAUGGAUUUCAACUUUUCAUCUACGACGUAGCAGUUCCAAUUUCGACGACUACUUUGACGAUAACUUUGAAUAGGACAUCAGUGAUGAAACAAAACAUUGUUAAACUUUUUGACUAUUCGUAAAGUGGUAAUCAAGCGGUGAACGAAGAACUAGAAGUGAUAACUGCAAGAUCUGGAAGGAUUCUUCCUUUCUCUUAGGAAGGAUAUCUUAAAUCCUGCUUCGAGACAGGAACCCAGUGAAACGCUUUAACGCGGGUGAUUUGAUGAAAUGAUGGGGAAGCAGCUGGUUGCAGUUGCUUGAUUAAAGUGCUCGUUCGUUUUUCGGCCGGAUUAAUUUCCGUGGGGCAUCUGUCGAUUCAUCAUCGACGCGAAUCAAAGAUUAACGGAGCUUGAUAUAGAGGUGAUCCGAAAGCUUGAUCCGGACAAAUAGUAUAAUAAUUGCUCGCCAAAGCAAGAAAAGGAUUAGUGUAUUGGUGGUUCUUCUUUAUUUCCGGAAAAAAAGGAACACACCAUCGUUACUCGACAUGGGUUGCGAACUUAGCAAAUUGGCAACACCGAAUCAACCUACUACAGACCCACGGCUUCCGUUAACAGCGAAACAAAAAUUUACAGUUAUGGCUAGCUGGAAAGCAGUCUCCAGAAAGUUAGAAACGACUGGUGUCGUUAUGCUUCUAAGGUUGUUCGAAGAAAAUGAAGAACUGGUCCAAAUGUUUUCACGAUUUCUGGACUUGAAAUCAAAAGAAGAACGUUUCGAUAUGGAAGAAUUGGGGAAACACGCGGAGAAAGUAAUGACUGCCCUAGACGAAAGUAUCAGAGGACUUGACAAUAUGGAUGAUUUCCUGAGCUGUCUUCAUCAAGUCGGAGCUACGCAUACAAAAAUUCCUGACUUUAAUCCACAAUAUUUUUGGAAAAUUGAGCAGCCAUUCUUAGAAGCAGUGAAGCGAACUUUAGAAGAUCGAUACUCGGAGAACGUGGAGAGUACUUACAAAGUGACGAUUAAGUUCAUCAUCGAAACAUUAAUCGAUGGAUUCGACAAGGCUCAGAACGAUAAAGCACAAAGUGGCACUGCUAAAUCCUAGUCGUUUUAGUCUCAUCAUUAAAAAGGAACUAAAAUGAUUUUCGCUGAUUGCUGUCUAUCAGGGAUUGUAAUUUCCGAGAAAAAAUUCGAGAAGAGAUUGAAAAGUAAUUAGAUCGAUACCAAAGAACGAAUAAAUCACACGAUCACACGAUCGUUUGUUUAUUCCAAAGUACAGCUCCGUUUUUCCGGAUUCUCUGAUCUGCGAUGUAUGAUCGGUAUGAUAGAGCGCAUUCGACAGAAACGAAACAGAUAAGUUUCUGUGUUACUUUUUUUACAAAGGCACAAAUGAAUGAAUGUCCUAUAGGUUGUGGUUAGGUUUGAAAUCCUUUUCCUUCGAGCAGGUCUCGGUCAUGGAAAAUGCAUAAUUCGUGUGAAAUCACUAUGAUUAUCGUAUCACUUACGCCCUUGCACAGUUGUUUCGUGCUGUGAGCAAAAGCGACGAAGCGAACCACCACGUUCACUCUCUUGACGGCCAAAGAAAAUAAGUAACGCGUUCUCAUUUAACAUUUUAUUAAUUUGUAGUUCACAGAGAAAAAAAUCUUUUCUGUUUAAUUAUUUCGAUCGUUCGAACACAAUCUCAUAGUCUCCUCUCCCGAUAAUUCAUAUGUGUAAAUGUACGUAACCUGAACGUAUAGGUUACUCUGAAAGUUAAAGGGUGGCAUCGUUCAGGAGGCUGUAAAAGGGAGCAAAGUUAACAAAAAUAGCAUUACGUUAUUAUUCGAUAGCCUCCCGCUUCGGUGCGCUAUCGAUUAUAGAAUUUGAACCAUAUAAAUAUAGUAUAUAUGUAUUAUGAAUUAUUUCUAACGGAAUUGACUGCCAGCAAUUAUUACCAAUUAUUUGCCAAUUAUUUUUAUUCAAGUUCAUAUUCUGCAAAAUAUUCAAUUCAAACACAGAAAUCUGAAGCUUUCUAACUUGUUCAAGUUAAAAACUAAUGCAAGCAAAAAUGCUACUAUUUAUAAUUUGUUUUUAUUAUUUUUGUUCAUUUUUUAUGUACAAUAUGAAUAUUCUACGAAUCACUCGACAGAUACAAGACAAUAUCUUUAUACAAGAAUUGUCCUGCUUAGAUUUUAAAUGAAUUUAAAUAUUUUAUAUUUUAUAUUUUACACUCUA